AGUAGGCUAGGAAAACAAAUUUAUUAUAUGUAAAAUGAUUAGAAAAAAUCAUUACAUAGAAUAUAAAACGAGUUAAUAAAGAUCAUUAUGAAUAUGGACUUGAGGUUGAUUGUGCGCCUUCUGCUCGCCAUUCUGUUGGCUUCUUUGAUAUCCACAAUUUUGAUGGGAAGCCAGAUACACAGAAGAAUAGUCGAGUCCAUUGCCAUUAAAAUCAACCAAAGGGGUAUGCCUAGAGAGAAGGCGGGGAUUUCCCCACCCAUAUUUACCUUAACCCAAAACAAAUUGGAUAUUUUGAAAGUCCUUCGUCAUGGAAACUUUCACUUGCCAGUUCAAGAAGCUAAUAAGGAUUGGCACUACUCUCCUACUAAGGAUAUGAUUGGGACAGGUCUGGGUGAACAGGGAAGAGCAGCUGUGUUGCCAAGUACCUUGGAUAAAGAAGCUACGGAUAUCCUCUACGGACUUCAUGGCUACAAUGCCAAACUCUCUGAUCUCAUAGCCCUAAACAGGUCCUUGCCCGAUAUCAGACCCUUGGGUUGCUCAAAACGCAAGUAUCUUGAGGUUCUGCCCAAUGUGACUGUAAUAAUGGCUUUUCAUAACGAACAUCUCAGCGUGCUGCUCAGAUCUAUAACCAGCAUCAUUAACCGCUCUCCUCGGGAAUUACUCAAGCAAAUUGUCCUCGUGGACGAUGCCAGCAAUCUGCCGGAUUUGGGACAAAAACUUGAAGACUUUGUGGCGUUUAACUUUCCCAAAGUAAUACAGAUAGUAAGACUUAAACAGCGUUGUGGUCUUGUUAAAGCCAAGGUGAUAGGAGCCAAAAAAGCAAUCAGCCAAGUUUUAGUCUUUCUAGAGUCCCACAUCGAAGUCAAUAUAAAUUGGCUACCUCCUCUGCUAGAACCCAUAGUUGUAAAUGGGAAUAUAGUUACCGGUCCCAUUUCAGAUGUAAUCCUGCACAAAACCUUCGCUUAUAUGAAGUAUAAUGCAUUUACACGUUCGGGUUUUAAUUGGUUGCUUGAGAUUAAGGAACUACCGCUUUAUCAGGGCGAAGAAGGUCUUGGUUCCAUGCCGUACCGCACACCCCUUUUAGCAGGACCCUUGGCGAUAGACAGAAGCUACUUUUGGAAACUGGGAGGAUACGAUGAGGGACUGGACCUCUGGGGCGGCGAGCAGCUCGAGAUGAGCUUCAAGGUCUGGAUGUGUGGCGGCAUGUUGCUAUAUGUACCCUGCUCCCGAGUGGGCCAAAUAAGGAGAGGACCCAUGCGACCGAAGACGAGUCCAAGGAGUCAAGCUAGAAACUACAGAAGAAUAGCUGAAGUGUGGAUGGAUGAGUAUAAGGAACACGUUUACCACUCGAGCCCAGAGCUCUAUAGGAAGCCGGACCCAGGAGACCUUUCCCAUUUGAAGACCCUAAGAGCUUCGCUGGGGUGCAAAUCUUUCGACUGGUACAUGAACCAAGUGGCUGCGGAUUUUCUGAAGGCAUUUCCCUUUGUGGAUUCAUCGGAAACUUUAUUCGGGCUCAUCGAAAGUGUGGCUUUUCCCGGCUUCUGCGUGGACUCCCUGAACCAGAAACACCUUAAGCCUGUAGUCCUCUCCCGCUGCACUAACAAAACGAGUCCCGGGGAACAUCAAAACUGGAUUCUAACGAAGGACCAUGAGAUUCAACUGACUAAAAGCGAAGAAGACUGUCUGGAAAGUCAGGGCCUUAAGACGAAGUCCGUGUGGCUUUUCCACUGCCACGGCAACGGUGGGAACCAGUAUUGGUACUACAACCGCCGGCAUCGGUGGCUCCAACAGGGCCAGAUGUGGGUCUGGUGCCUCGAGGCUUAUUUGCCCAGGGGCAAAGAGUUUGGCAAGGUGUUCUCCAACAAUAUUUGCGACAAAAACAAACAGAGCCAGCAGUGGAAGUUUGGAUAAAUAGCUGGGUAUAACCGCAAAUGAAUUAUCGGGGAUACUCAAAAAAAUAUUAGUACAAAAUGUAACAAAAAAUUUUUAAAAUAAUGAUUAAUAAGAUAAUAAGUUAUAAUAAG